UUAAAAGGUUGAUCCAGAUUGACAUUAUUUUAAACGAACAAUGAAAUUAGUUGAAGUGCGUGAAAUGGCAAAAAUGUCAAUCUUGUUCUUAAUUAGUUGUUUUGCUCUUACUUUAGCUGCUGAAAAUUUAAAUAAAAAUAAUGAAGACUUUACUACUUUAAAAGAUUUUAGUAGAAAAAGUGAAUUUACAGAGCAACCAGUGAAUAUUAUAAACACAAACAGCGUCGAAACAAAAUUAGUGAGGGAAAUUUCACAAGUACCUAAAGAUGUAACUGAAUCAGAAGGUAUUUAUACUACACAAUCGAAAAAAGAAAUUCAACCAACAAAAUUAGAAAAAAAAUUGAUAAGGUUACUAGAAGAAGAGGUUCAAACAACAGGACCGGAAGAGGAGAAGGAAGAAGAGGAGGUUCAAACAACAGGACCGGAAGAGGAGAAGGAAGAAGAGGAGGUUCAAACAACAGGACCGGAAGAAGAGGUUCAAACAACAGGACCGGAAGAGGAGAAGGAAGAAGAGGAGGUUCAAACAACAGGACCGGAAGAGGAGAAGGAAGAAGAGGAGGUUCAAACAACAGGACCGGAAGGGGAGGAAGAAGAGGAGGUUCAAACAAGAGGACCGGAAGAAGAGGUUCAAACAACAGGACCGGAAGAGGAAGAAGAAGAAGAGGAGGUUCAAACAACGGGACCGGAAGAGGAGAAGGAAGAAGACGAGGUUCAAACAACAGGGCCUGAAGAGGAAGAGGAGGUCCAAACAACAGGACCGGAAAAGGAGGAGGAAGAAGAUGAGGUUGAUACAACAGGGCCAGGAGAAGAGACGAUCCAAACAACGAUGCCUGAAGAGGAAGAGGAGGGCCAAACAACAGGGCCAGAAGUGAUCAGCACUAACGAACCAAACGAUGCUUGCAAUCCUAAUCCCUGUCAGAAUGGAGGUAUUUGUAAGAUAAAUAAACAUGACAGAUUCGAAUGUAAAUGCCCUAAAGGAACAAAAGGGAAACGAUGCGAGAGAGUUGAUUGGUGUAAAGUUCUGAGAGAUGACGGAACUACAGGUAAAUCGUAUUGUAACAGAGGAGAAGCCAAAUGCGUGCCACAAAGAGACGGAAAUUUCAGUUGUAAAUGCUACAAUAGACAGAAAGAAUUUAAUUAUGAAAUUGGGAAAUGUAAAAGCAGAGAUAUGUGUUCACCGAAUCCCUGUCAGCACGGAGGGAUCUGUAGCACAAGUGGUAAUCAAGCUCAUUGCGAAUGCCCAGAAGGAGCGUACGGAAGAUAUUGUGAAAGAGUCAAUUGGUGUUUUAUUAAAAUGGAUAACGGAAAAUCAGGAGCAGAUUAUUGUGAUCAGGGAGAAGCUAAAUGUGUUGAAAAUCGCAGAAUGCAAAAUUUUACUUGCGUAUGUUACAAUAAAAGGAAAACAUUCAAUGAAGAAUUGCACGAAUGUAUAGAUGAAAGUUAUGAAACGGAAGUUAAAGCUGAAGCACUAACGGAGUGCGAACAAGAUACAACAGGCUACGAUGAAUGCCGAGAUAAAGAAGCCCUUUGUUUUAAAGAUCCAUACUCAUAUCUAGGAUAUAUUUGUGUGUGUAAAGAUGGCACUGAAUUAGAAGAAGGAACUUGUAAAACCAACGAAAAUCCUACAGAAGUAUGUUCAAAAGACAGUGUAGGAUAUAAACAUUGCCAAAAAGUUUCCGCAGAGUGUUUUGUAAAUCCUAAAGAAAGUCGUGGUUAUUCGUGUCUUUGUCCAAAUGGAGUAGAAUAUGAUGAGAUAAACGGCUGUGAAGUUUCUAUUGCGUACGCCAGUGUAUUAAAAUGUUCCGAUGGAAACUGCGAAAAUGAUGCUAAUAAUGGAGUUAAAUUAUUAUGGAAAAAUCUGCCUUCAGAAAGAUAUAGAAUACAAUUUUAA